GGUUAAUCUACGUCAACACGACUAGUUUAGUAUAGUUUAUUUGUUCGUAUUUGUAGUAUACCAAUAUUUAGUGCAAUUAAAUAACUAAACCAUCAUUGCCAUUUUCAUUUUUUUAGCUAUAUUUAUAAAUAUCUAUUGUGUAGUUUUCAUAUAAGAUCACUGCAUUUCCAAGUUGAUAUUCAAGUAUUCAAGUGAAGUUCUGAGUAUUCAGGCAACUAUAUAGGCGCAACUAGAUCCCAAAUAUUGGGGAUGAUGAAAUUGUUGAAAUUAAAAGUUAUAUUAUUUCACUGUAACACCAGAGGUGUUUAAGACUCUCUUGCGCCCUCCUAAUUGUGCUUAUGGUUAUUAAUAUAAAAUAAACUUAAAAUGACAGAAACAAACAAACAGUCAAUGAAAUGGAAAAAACAUGAAAUUGAAGAACAAAUAGGAUAUGAUCAAUACAAAAAUUCUCAAUCAUGGGCUGGAAAUUUCAAUUUUGUCAUUGGUGCUGACGUUCAAUUAGGAUAUAUUUGGCCGCAUAGAGAACGUGAUGCUAAAGAUUGGAAAAUUGAAAUGGAAAAAGCUAUUUGUGCUGUUGAUAAAAUCAAUAACUUAACUCCUAGGCCUCAGUUUGUAGUUAUUUGUGGUGAUUUAAUAAAUGAAUUGUCUGAUGAUGCAACUGAAAUAAAAGAAUUACAAAUAAACGACUUCCAACAAAUAUUUUCAAAAUUGCAUCCAUCUAUAUCUCUUGUUUGUGUGUGCGGAAAUCAUGAUGUUGGUAAUAUUCCGAACGAAGAUUCCAUCAAUAAGUAUCGCGAACAUUUUGGACAAGAUUAUUUUUCUUUUUGGUGUGGUGGAGUACUUUUCUUAGUAAUGAAUACUCAAUAUUAUAAAAACCGUGACAACGUUAAGAAACAUGCAGAAGAACAAGAUCAAUGGUUAACAGAAAAAUUGAAUGAUAAUAAAGGGCAAAGAAUAAUUGUAUUUCAACAUAUACCAUGGUUUGUAGAAAAUGUAGACGAGAAAACCCAAUAUUUCAAUAUUAAUGAAAACUUCAGAAAAAACAUGUUGGAAAAAAUGCAUGCAGCUGGUGUGUCGCAUGUAUUUUGUGGUCAUUAUCAUAGGAACUGCAUAAAGUUCUAUAAAAACAUCGAAAUAGUCACAACAAACGCUAUUGGAGCUCCUAUGGGCCCAAUGGAACCCUCUGGAUUAAGAAUAGUACAAAUAUAUGAAAAUAAUAUUAUUCAUGCUUAUUACCCACUCGAAAAAAUGCCAAGAUCUAUUAUCAAUUGAGAACAGUCAAUGAACAUAACGAUACUUUUUAGCUAAACUUAAUUUUUGAUUUUAAUUAACACAAUAGAAUUAAUACAAAAAAUGUAUUUAUUAAGUUA